AGGCGCAGCUCGCGGGUAAUGGUGGUGGAGAUGGAGGCUGGCCCGGCCCGGGAUCGGGACCGGGGUCCCGGGCCGUCGGUGCUGUUCCUGCACCCGGACCUGGGCGUGGGCGGCGCCGAGCGGCUGGUGCUGGACGCGGCGCUGGCGCUGCAGGCGCGCGGGUGCCACGUGCAGAUCUGGACGGCGCACUACGACCCGGGCCACUGCUUCGCCGAGAGCCGCGAGCUGCGGGUGUGCUGCGCCGGGGACUGGCUGCCGCGGAGCCUAGGCUGGGGCGGCCGCGGCGCCGCGCUCUGCGCCUACCUGCGCAUGAUCUACCUGGCGCUCUACGUGCUGUUUCUCAGCGGCGAAGAGUUCGACGUGGUGGUGUGCGACCAGGUGUCUGCCUGUAUCCCAGUGUUCAGGCUGGCCAGGCGGCGUAAGAAGAUCCUGUUUUACUGUCACUUCCCGGAUCUGCUGCUCACCAGGAGAGAUUCUGUUCUUAAACGGCUGUACAGGGCCCCAAUCGACUGGGUUGAGGAAUACACCACAGGCAUGGCGGACUGCAUCGUGGUCAACAGCCAGUUCACAGCUGGUGUGUUUAAGGACACAUUCAAAUCCCUGUCUUAUAUAGACCCUGAUGUCCUCUACCCAUCUCUGAAUGUCACCAGCUUUGACUCAGCUGUUCCUGAAAAGCUCGAUAACCUGGUCCCCAAAGAAAAAGAAUUCCUGUUCCUCUCCAUCAACAGAUAUGAAAGGAAGAAAAAUCUGCCACUGGCACUGGAAGCCCUAGUAGAACUGCGGGGACGACUGACAUCCCAAGACUGGGACAGGGUUCAUCUGAUAGUGGCGGGGGGUUAUGAUGAGCGAGUCCUGGAGAACGUGGAGCACUAUCAGGAGUUGAAGCACAUGGUCCAGCAGUCUGACCUUGGCCAGCACGUGACCUUCCUGCGGUCUUUCUCAGACAAGCAGAAGAUCUCACUCCUCCAUGGCUGCAGGUGUGUGCUCUACACCCCAAGCAACGAGCACUUUGGCGUCGUCCCUCUGGAGGCCAUGUACAUGCAGUGUCCAGUCAUUGCUGUUAAUUCGGGCGGGCCCCUGGAGUCCAUUGUCCACGGCCGCACGGGGUUUCUGUGUGAGCCGGACCCAGUGCACUUCUCAGAAGCAAUGGAAAAGUUCAUCCACGAACCUUCCUUGAAAACCACAAUGGGGCAGGCUGGACGAGCCCAGGUAAAGGAGAAGUUUUCCCCCGAAGCCUUUACGGAACAGCUCUACCAGUAUAUCACCAAACUGGCGGAAUGAUCAGAUCCUUUUGAAGGUCUUUAUGCUGCAUGCAUUAAUACCAUUUUAGUGGUUUGGGGACCCACUUCUGAAACAAACAAACAAAAAAACCUAGAAUCUAAUAAAGAAGAGAUUUUAAAAAAUCCCAAACAGAACAAACUUGAGCCUUGAAUCUGAGCCACCUUCACAUCACACCUCCGUCUUCAUUUUCAGUAAAACAAUAUUUUUUAUGUUAUAAUCAUUCCUAGCCUUACCGUGUUAAGAUACAAAUAUGGUGCCAUUCCACAUACAGCAGAAAAUUUUAAUUAUAUUUUCUCUGGAUUACUGUUACUCCAUCUCUCAACUUUUGAAUUACAUUGCACUUUAAUUGGUUUUGAUAUUUUAAGUGUGGCAUUGUCAAAGUUGAUGAAUUUGACUUUAACAUAAUGGGAAUAGGAUUACUGUAGUUCCCAGAAUCAGUCUACUGAGGUGUUCACUGUCCCGUUUCCCCGUUAGGGAAUUUUGUUAAUCUUACCUUAGCCUGGAUCCACAGCAAGAGUGCUCUGUAUUUGUGUACAAAGAUAACAGUGCACUUCUGCACACUGAGACAUGGCAAUAAAAGGUAUUUGUCACAGGAGGGACAAUAGAACAUGAGAUUUUGGCCUUCCUUGUCUAUUUUGGUUAUGUUAGGAGUGGAGAUGUGAUGGCCUAGCCCAAAGUUGGAAAACAGCACACUGGAAUUUGGAGGAGUGCCGGCAAGCAGGCAAGGUGCCUCUUGUUGAGGGCUUGUUUCUUAGUGUCAUUGGCUUUAGGAAUACUUAUGUUUUGCUAACUAAGCUCCUACUAAGUGUAGGACACAAAUACUUUUCAUCGUCCAAGGCCUGGUACAAGUGCUACUGCUGUGACCCUCAUAUGCUUUCCUUGACCCUCUGCCCACCUCCCAAACGGGGUGGCGUUCCCCUUCCAUGCCCCCCAGCCCCUUCACAGCCCCCACCUGUCCUAAUGUUCAUUAUUUACCUGUCAGUGUCUGCCAGUAGCUCAGGCUCCUUACUGGAGACAUCUUCUUUCUCAUGUAUCACCCCCCAGCAUCUGGCCUGACAAGUGGUUAAUAAAUGUUGAAAAAUUAAGUACAAAUAAAAACAUAAAGCAGUUGUCAAUGUACCUUUAAAGCUAAAUUCAUUUUUAAAAAGAAAUAGCAAAGAUCACUAGCCAAAGACUCUGCUUUAAUCAGCUCUAAAGAGCACCAGCCUGAGAGCCUGGCAGCCUGCGUGACUUUGGAUAAAUUCUCUUAUCUUCUCUGUGCAUCAGUUUCUUCAUCUGUAGAGUGGGGGUAAUUGUACUAUUGUAUUUCCUCUUAAGUUUGUUACGAUAACCUUGUCAUGAUUGUGCUGAUCCACGUAAAGUUCUUAAAACCACAUUUGGCACAUAGUAUAGGCUGUAUAAACGUUAGCAAUCAUUGUUUUGCAA